GACAAGGAUGGCGCUGCCAGCGGCGAUCUUCUCGUGCCUCCUCCUCUCCCUCCUCGUCGCGGCGACGGCGCGCCCAAGCUCCGGCAGUGAGGAGCGCGCGCGCAUGGCGGGGAGCUUCAUCGAGUGCUCCGACCCGGCACCGUCGAUCCUCACCAACGCCACCAACGCCACGGAGUUCCUCAGCAGCCUGCUCCCGCUCCUCGCCGAGCUGCCCUCCGCCGCCGCGCCGACGGGAUUCGCGUCCCUGAGCUCCAACGGCCGAGCGUUCGUCCGGGGCCUCUGCUUCGGCGACACCACGGUGCCGUCGUCCGACUGCCUCAGCUGCUUGUCCGUCGCGGCCAGGAGCCUCACCGCCGGCUGCGGCGCCACCACCCGGCGCGCCGGGAUCUGGACGGAAAGCUGCUUCGUUUCCUACGGCGACACCCACGCAUCCUCGCCCGCCGAGGACGCCUUCCGCUCCCUUGUCACCUUCCGUGGCAGCAGCGACGCCGUCCCCGGCGCCCACGCGCCGACACACUACUCCCCCCACCUGCAUGCCUGGCUCCUCGCCUACCUGGCCCAGCCCACGGCGCUGAGCGCGAUCGGCAACAUCUCGGAGCCGCGGAUGGCGGCCACCGCGGACGCGACCACCCCCGUGGGCGGCACCAUCAGAAGCACGGUGCAAGUGCUGGCACACUGCACGAUGGACCGUACGAUGGCGGAGUGCGUCAGGUGCCUGGUGGACUCGGCUCGAGCGCUGGACUGGGACCUCGACGCGGACCGCCGCAACGGUGGCGUGUCGGCUGCGGUGGUGGGCUUCAACUGCUACCUCCGCUUCAACGUCUCCACCACACCGGUGCCUCAACAAACCGGCGGUGAGCUAGCUCUCUCCCUCUUCCUCUCUCUCAGGAAAUGUUGGAAACGUAUUAGCAGUAGUACCACCCAAUUGCUUUGA